GCCGAGGCGGGGCAUCAUGGACGCCCCCAGUGCGCUGCGUCCGGGUGCUUGUGGGUGAUGCACUGACCGGCAGCUCCGCCACCGCGGACCCGCCCUCUGCCCUCGCCGACCGAGACUUUGUCGGGCCUGCGAAGUUCUGCUAGGCGGCGGUCGGAGAGGGAGCCAUGGGGACGGUGCAUGCCCGGAGUUUGGAGCCUCUUCCAGCCAGUGGGCCUGAUUUUGGAGCAUUAGGAGAAGAAGCUGAAUUUGUUGAAGUUGAACCUGAAGCUAAACAGGAAAUUCUUGAAAACAAAGAUGUGGUUGUCCAGCAUGUUCAUUUUGAUGGACUCGGAAGGACUAAAGAUGACAUCAUCAUGUAUGAAAUUGGAGACGUUUUUAAGGCUAAAAACCUUAUUGAGGUAAUGCGGAAAUCUCACGAAGCCCGUGAAAAACUGCUUCGGCUGGGAAUAUUUAGACAAGUGGAUGUUUUGAUCGAUACAUGUCAAGGUGAUGACGCGCUUCCUAACGGGCUGGAUGUUACCUUUGAAGUAACUGAGCUGAGGCGACUGACGGGCAGUUACAACACCAUGGUCGGGAACAACGAGGGCAGCAUGGUACUUGGAAUCAAACUCCCUAAUCUGCUAGGUCGUGCAGAAAAAGUGACAUUUCAGUUUUCCUAUGGAACAAAAGAAACUUCCUAUGGCCUCUCCUUCUUCAAACCACAGCCUGGAAACUUCGAAAGAAAUUUCUCCGUAAACUUAUAUAAAGUUACCGGACAGUUCCCUUGGAGCUCACUUCGGGAGACGGACAGAGGCGUGUCAGCUGAGUACAGUUUCCCCAUAUGGAAGACCAGCCACACGCUCAAGUGGGAAGGUGUGUGGCGGGAGCUGGGCUGCCUCGCCAGGACAGCGUCUUUUGCCGUCCGCCAAGAAAGUGGCCACUCACUGAAAUCAUCUCUUUCGCAUGCCAUGGUCAUCGACUCCCGGAACUCCUCCAUCUUGCCCAGAAGAGGCGCUUUGCUGAAAGUUAACCAGGAGCUGGCAGGCUACACUGGAGGUGACGUGAGCUUCAUAAAAGAAGAUUUUGAGCUGCAGUUGAAUAAACAACUCCUGUUCGAUUCCGUUUUUUCAGCCUCUCUCUGGGGUGGAAUGCUGGUGCCCAUUGGUGAUAAGCCGUCAAGUAUUGCUGAUAGGUUCUACCUCGGGGGACCGACCAGUGUGCGCGGCUUCAGCAUGCACAGCGUCGGGCCGCAGAGUGAAGGUCUGUCACUCCCUCAGCACCGCCGCCUGGAACUUAGGGGAGACUACCUGGGCGGAGAGGCGUACUGGGCCGGCGGCCUGCACCUGUACACCCCACUACCUUUCCGGCCAGGCCAGGGCGGCUUCGGAGACCUUUUCAGAACACACUUCUUCCUCAACGCAGGAAACCUCUGCAACCUCAACUAUGGGGAGGGCCCCAAAGCUCAUAUUCGUAAACUGGCUGAGUGCAUCCGCUGGUCUUACGGUGCUGGAAUCGUCCUGAGACUUGGCAACAUCGCCCGGCUGGAACUCAACUACUGCGUCCCCAUGGGUGUGCAGUCAGGUGACAGGACAUGUGAUGGCGUGCAGUUUGGAGCUGGGAUAAGGUUCCUGUAGCUGACACAGAACGUCCGCCAGCGCCUCCGGGAGACGCUCUGCGACUUGCAGCCGCGAGUCGCUCGGCGCCACACAAUGACUCUCCACAGAAACAGAUUCAAGGGGUUCUUUGACCGCAGUCCUGUGGGGACCCAUGUCAAUAAAUUUUAAAGACAAAUACUCA